AUGACCGAGUGUGCCGAAGCAGGGUCUCGCUCCGCUCAGCAGGGUUCCGCCCUGGCAAACCCAGCGACCGGCGCCGCCUCCGAGUUCCGCUCCACUGCCCCUGCAACCACCAACCCUGUAUUCCGCCAGCCACCUUCAGGCACGGCACCAGCGCCCUCCGCAGCCAACUUGCCUCGGAACCUUCCGAUGCCUCUGGAUGCGCGUUGCGUCUCGACCGCCUCCUCCAACCAUCCGGCGCUUGACCGUUUCGGCAUCUCUCCGAGCCUUGCCUUUGUUCUCACGAUUCCCGGCAUAUCGUCGUCACAAGGCGAGAAUAACGGCGGCAUGACCACAUCGGCACAGCCGUCUCACGCGCCCAGCGGCCAAUCUUCGGCAGCGAUCGCAACGCCGCGCAAGGAUGAGCGCGAGUCGUCGUUAGCCUCGGAUGUCUCGCUCCAACGCACGCGUUCGUCGGAUGCGCCGAGCCUGUCGUCCUCUGCCAUCCGAUGGAAUCAGUUCGGCGCGCUGACAAGGAAGAACUGGAUCGUCUUACGCUCGUAUUGGCUGGUCAACCUGCUGCGAUGCCUCAUCAUCCCCAUCGCCUACUACGUCUUCCUCGGCGAGGCCAAGAACUUCUUCAACACCACCAACGAUCUCGGCCUCGGACAGCCCGUGCCGGUGCGUCGUCUUUCGGACGGCCUCCGGAACCCCAUCUACUGGCUCGAUUCGCGCACCCAGACCGCCGACUCGCGCUUCUCCGCCCAGCAGGUUAUCGAUGUCGUGCUCGACUCGUUGCGGCCAGAACAACGCUCGCUCGUCAGGCGCGUCGACAGCGACUCGGACCUCGGUCUGGCGUGUCCGCAGGCAUUCAACGGCCUCAGCUCCUGCUUUGGCGCCGUCGAAUUCUCCAACAUCUCCGCCCAGGGCAGCGUCGCCUACACUUUGCGUCUCGACCCGGGCCUCAACCGCGUCAAGGUGAGCACCAACAGCGGCGAUGCCGAGAGGCGCACCCUACCGCUCCAAUUCGCCAUCGACGCCGCCAUCCUCCAGCUCAACGGCGCACCCGCCUCAGCCUACGCACAGCCGCCGCUCGAACAGCCGUAUUCGCAGCAGACUAACGCACAACAGGCAGAGAGCCAACGCAGAGGCUUCCUCGGCGGCGUCGGUCAGCUCACCGUGCUCGCCUUCUUCAUCGGCAUGCUUGGCGUCGUCUGGCAUCUGCCUUCGUCCGUCUCUGAGGAGAGGGGCUCCGGCAUGACCGCCCUGCUCACCACAAUGGGCUGCGGCCAGCUUCCGCGUCUUCUCUCUUGGCUUUGCGGACCCGGUGCCUCUUACCUCCCGGCCUGGUUCGUCAUGGGCGGAACACUCUCGGCGACGCUCUGGACGACGAGCAACAAGGCUCUCUGUAUUUUUGCCCACGUCCUCCCCGGCCUUGCCAUGGCAAGCUGGUCGCUUUUCGUCGCCACCUUCUUUGCGCGUGCCAACGUCUCGAGUAUUAUCACCACCGCUCUCGCCAUCCUCUUCGCCAUCGUAGCGCUCAUCACCAAGCACAUUGGCGAGGGAGGCGGCAUCGUCAUCGGCCUCCUCUUCCCUUCCGCCUCGUUCGUGUACGAAUUCAUCGCCAUCUCGGCCUAUGAGCACGAAGGUCUGCCAGCCGACGUCACUGCAUCGCGCGACGGCAUCAACAAGGGUCCCUCGAUCCUUGGUCAGAUCAUCGUUCAGGUCAUCGGCAUCUUCCUCUUCCCCGCUCUCACCAUCUUGCUUGAACGCAAGCUCUUCUUCUCUGAGCCCUUCUUCCAGUGGCUCUUCCGACGUCAUCGAUCUCAACCGUCCGUCCCGCACCAGAACGGCUCCGACCUGUCCGAAAAAGGCACGUCGACAAGCAGUGCCACACCGGCGCUCAAGAUCACGGACCUUACCAAGAAGUAUGGCAAAAAGGAUAGCAGCCUCGCCGUCGACGGCCUUGACCUUGAAGUCGCACGUGGAAGCAUCACGUGCCUGUUGGGAUCCAACGGAUCAGGCAAGUCGACGACGAUUGGCAUCGUUGGUGGCAACAUCAGAAAGACGUCCGGCGAAGUCUACAUCGACGGAUACGAGCGUGGAGCCGCUCCGCCUGGCGUCAUUGGUGUCUGCCCCCAGAAGGACGUCCUGUACAACCAGCUCACCUGCUUGCAGCACGUCGAGCUCUUCCGCGCCAUCAAGCACCGCCGCGGCUCUAAAGACGACCCCGAAGACCUGCUCACGCGAUGCGAGCUUGCACACAAGCUCAAGAGCAAGCCCUUCGAGCUCUCGGGCGGUCAAAAGCGCCGAUUGCAGACCGCCGCCGCGCUCGUGGGUCAAUCGACCUUCCUGAUGUUCGACGAGGCCACGUCAGGCCUCGACCCGCUUUCACGCCGUGCGAUCUGGAAGAUCCUGCUCAACGAACGAGGCAAGCGCUCCAUUCUGCUCACCAGCCACUUCCUCGACGAGGCGGACCUGCUGGGUGACCACAUCGUCAUCCUCGCGGCUCCGGGCAAAAAGCUCUGCGAAGGAACGCCCAUCGAGCUCAAGACCUCCUACGGCCAGGGAACCACCAUCCACGUUUCGCCAAGGGGCCGCCAAGUACUCCCGCUGCUCGACGAGGUGGCUCCUGGCACCAGACCCAUUGCGUCGAUCGAACCUGAACAGGACUCGUUCUUGCUCCCUUCAACAGACCAGGCUCUUGUGGCCAAGGUCCUGGAAGCUAUUGAAUCGCGCAAGGAGGCGCUGGGCGUAGAAGGAUACGAUGUGGCCGGACCGUCGCUCGAGAGUGUCUUCCUGACGCUCAACUCUGAGCAUGCACGCCUCAACGGACGCCAGGAAGAGGUCGACGAGAUGGAAGGCAACGUCGGCCACUGGAGCCGCGUCGAUGCCGGCGCUCAAUCCGGACUGUCCGACGGCUCGGUCUCGAGCAUUCUGACUUUGACCUUGGCGCAGUUUUCGAAGCGCAUGGUGCUUUACCGUCGAAUCUACCUGCCGGCCAUCUUUGCGAUCCUCGUUGCAGUCCUCGGCUCAAUCGUGCCCCUCGCCUUCUUCUCGGACCGCGAUCCAUCGUGCACGCGAGGCUUUGCGGAUCGUGAAUUGAGCUUCCGUGCAACGUUUUGGGGCAACGCAUCGGCAGCUACCGAGUUGCUCUACGCCGCGCCCGAGGCGAACGCGCAAACAGUCUUUGGCAACGGCUUCGACCUCGAAUCGAUCGCGUUCGAUCGCGUGCCGAUCGAACAAUACAAUGCGACCAUCGCGCGCCUGUGGAACGAGAACCAGCGUGGACUUGGCGGGAUCGCGCUGCCGGGAACUGCCGGUGCCGUCAACCAGUUCUCGUAUCUCGCCGACGAAGGCCCGGAAACGCCCAUCGCCGCACUCAAUCUUGUCAGCAACGCCGGCCUUGCGAGUGUUCGAAGCACCACCAACAGCGCCGAUGGCUCGCCCACCAUCACAUCUUCAUACCGCCCGCUCAGCAAUCUGAGCCUGGGCAAUGGACUGGGCUCCUCGCUCAAGUGGGCUGUAGUGUUUGGCUUGGUGCAGGCGGUGUGGCCCGCGUUCGCGGCGCUGUAUCCGUCUGCAGAACGCAACAAUCGCGUCAAAGCAAUGGCUCUCACCAACGGCAUGCGCGCUAUCCCGCUCUGGCUUGGCCAUUUACUGGCUGAACUGCCGGUCAUCAUCAUCAGCACGGUGCCCGUGGCGUUGGUGUACGCGUUUGCAUCAUCCCAAUUUGCGGGCGAGGGCGUCUUUUGGGUCGUGCUCUUCCUGCACGGCGUCUCGUCGACGCUGCAGAGCUUUGUUGUGUCGCUGUACGCGCCCAACCAACUGGCAGCAUUCGCCAUUGUUGCGGCGUGGAACGUGCUCGCGUUCCUCAUCUACUUUGCGACGACUAUGCUGACGGUGACCUACUACGUGGGCAACGGGCUGGCAGGCGCUCUGGAUGCAGCCUACUAUGUCGAGGCGAUUCUUGCUCCGAGCGUCAGUAUGACUCGGGCAGGCUUCGUAUCGGUCAACCUGUUCAACCUGUUGUGCAACGGGCGCGGCGGGUACAAGAGCGGCGGUAUUGGAGCCAUCGACUUGCUCGGCGCACCAAUCGUGUACACCAUCGCCUGGGCGCUGGUGUGCUUCGCCAUCCUGAUCGCGCACGAUUCGGGAGUAUCGCUCUGGCCAUCGUGGCUUGGCUUUGCGCGUCGCUCUCGCCGCGGCAAGAGGAACGUGCACGAAGAAGGCAAGGUUCAGCCGACGGGCCAGGGCGUGCGCGAGGAGGCUCUGCGUCUGGACUCGCCCGAAUGCGAUGAUGUGCUGCAGGCCAAGCACCUCGACAAGUCGUACGGAAAGCUGCUCGCCGUCGACGACGUGUCGAUCGGCGUGCGACGUGAGGAGACCGUGGCGCUGCUCGGCAUCAACGGCGGCGGCAAGACCACGACGCACGCGCUCAUCCGCGGCGAACUCGUUCCGGACUCGGGCAGCGUGGUGAUCGCUGGAAUCAGCGUGGCGCAGCAGCGCACGCUGGCGCGCUCGCACAUUGCGUCGGUGCCUCAGUUUGACGGCCUCGACCCGCUGCUAACGGUGGAAGAGCAUCUGCGCACGUACGCGCGCAUCAAGGGCGUCGAGAAGCGUCUACGCCGCGACAAUGUGGCAGCUGUGAUGCACCUUACCAACCUCUCGCAGUACGCCGACCGACGCGCCGGCGCUCUGUCUGGCGGCAACAUGCGCAAGCUCUCGCUGGCGAUUGCGCUGCUGGGCAAUCCGUCGGUGCUACUGCUGGACGAGCUGUCUUCGGGCGUGGAUUCGUGGACCAAGCGCGGGCUGUGGCAGACGCUGCGCCGUGCGGGCAAGGGGCGCGCGACACUGCUCACGUCGCACAGCAUGGAGGAGGCGGCGGCGCUCGCCUCGCGCGUGGCGAUCCAGGCGUCGCGCAUCCUCGCCAUCGAUACGAUCGGCAAUCUGCGCAAGAGCCAGCCCGCGUACGAGCUGCAGCUCGACCUGGCCCAGGAGCAUCGGGGCUCGCACGAGGCAUACGGCCGCGUGGAACGGCUCGUCAAGCAGCUCUUCCCGCACGCGACCUCAUCGGACGAGGCAAGUGCGCGCUUCGAGAUCCCGCUCGCAGAAGGGCAGUCGGUCUCUUCGCUCUUCCGCAAGCUCGAACAGGCGAGCCAGGAGCGCGAGCAGGCCGGUAUCGUCGGCUACCAGAUCUCGCCCGUGUCGCUCGAGUCGCUCUUCCUCCAGAUCGUGCGGCAGGCGCAGAGUGCCGCCGCCAGGGACGAGAUCGGCCGCCACCAGGGCUGA